UAAGGCCGCGCGCGGGGCUGUGGGACGCAGGCUGCUGGAGAAGGCGCACCUGCUGCAGGUGCCCCCGGCGGCCCCGGACCAGCGAGCGCGGGCACUGCGGCGGGGAGGAUGCUGCGCGAGCGGACCGUGCGGCUGCAGUACGGGAGCCGCGUGGAGGCGGUGUACGUGCUGGGCACCUACCUUUGGACCGAUGUCUACAGCGCGGCCCCAGCCGGGGCCCAAACCUUCAGCCUGAAGCACUCGGAGCGCGUGCAGGUGGAGGUGGUGCGCGAUGGGGAGGCGGAGGAGGUGGCCACCAACGGCAAGCAGCGCUGGCUUCUCUCGCCCAGCACCACCCUGCGGGUCACCAUGAACCAGGCCAGCACCGAGGCCAGCAGUGACAAGGUCACCGUCAACUACUAUGAUGAGGAAGGGAGCAUUCCCAUCGACCAGGCGGGGCUCUUCCUCACGGCCAUUGAGAUCUCCCUGGAUGUGGAUGCAGACCGGGAUGGUGUGGUGGAGAAGAACAACCCAAAGAAGGCAUCCUGGACCUGGGGCCCUGAGGGCCAGGGAGCCAUCCUGCUGGUGAACUGUGACCGAGAGACACCCUGGUUGCCCAAAGAGGACUGCCGUGAUGAGAAGGUCUACAGCAAGGAAGAUCUCAAGGACAUGUCCCAGAUGAUCCUGCGGACCAAAGGCCCUGACCGCCUCCCCGCUGGAUACGAGAUUGUUCUGUACAUUUCUAUGUCGGACUCAGACAAAGUGGGCGUGUUCUACGUGGAGAACCCGUUCUUCGGCCAACGCUAUAUCCACAUCCUGGGCCGGCGGAAGCUCUACCACGUGGUCAAGUACACGGGUGGCUCCGCGGAGCUGCUGUUCUUCGUGGAAGGCCUCUGCUUUCCCGACGAGGGCUUCUCAGGCCUGGUCUCCAUCCAUGUCAGCCUGCUGGAGUACAUGGCCCAGGACAUUCCCCUGACGCCCAUCUUCACAGACACCGUGAUAUUCCGGAUUGCUCCGUGGAUCAUGACACCCAACAUCCUGCCUCCCGUGUCGGUGUUUGUGUGCUGCAUGAAGGAUAAUUACCUGUUCCUGAAAGAGGUGAAGAACCUGGUGGAGAAAACCAACUGUGAGCUGAAGGUCUGCUUCCAGUACAUAAACCGAGGCGAUCGCUGGAUCCAGGAUGAAAUUGAGUUUGGCUAUAUCGAGGCCCCCCACAAAGGCUUCCCUGUGGUGCUGGACUCCCCCCGAGAUGGAAACCUGAAGGAUUUCCCUGUGAAGCAGCUCCUGGGCCCAGAUUUUGGCUACGUGACCCGGGAGCCCCUCUUUGAGACUGUCACCAGCCUUGACUCAUUUGGAAACCUGGAGGUCAGUCCCCCGGUGACCGUGAACGGCAAGACAUACCCCCUCGGCCGCAUCCUCAUCGGGAGCAGCUUUCCUCUGUCUGGUGGUCGGAGGAUGACCAAGGUGGUGCGUGACUUCCUGAAGGCCCAGCAGGUGCAGGCGCCCGUGGAACUCUACUCAGACUGGCUGACCGUGGGCCACGUGGAUGAGUUCAUGACCUUCGUCCCCAUCCCCGGCACAAAGAAAUUCCUGCUGCUCAUGGCCAGCACUGCAGCCUGCUACAAGCUCUUCCGAGAGAAGCAGAAGGAUGGCCACGGAGAGGCCAUCAUGUUCAAAGGCUUGGGUGGGAUGAGCAGCAAGCGAAUCACCAUCAACAAGAUCCUGUCCAACGAGAGCCUCGUGCAGGAGAACCUGUACUUCCAGCGCUGCCUGGACUGGAACCGUGACAUCCUCAAGAAGGAGCUGGGACUGACAGAACAGGACAUCAUUGACCUGCCUGCUCUGUUCAAAAUGGAUGAGGACCACCGUGCCAGAGCCUUCUUCCCAAACAUGGUGAACAUGAUCGUGCUGGACAAGGACCUAGGCAUCCCCAAGCCAUUCGGGCCGCACGUGGAGGAGGAGUGCUGCCUGGAGGUGCACGUGCGCGGCCUCCUGGAGCCCCUGGGCCUCGAGUGCACCUUCAUUGACGACAUUUCUGCCUACCACAAGUUUCUGGGGGAAGUCCACUGCGGCACCAACGUCCGCAGGAAGCCCUUCGCCUUCAAGUGGUGGCACAUGGUGCCCUGACCUGCCGGGAUCCCUGGUGUUUGCCUCCUUCCCUGAGUUCUCCAGACCCCUCACGCACCCAGAGCCUUCUGCUGCCAUAGACUGGACAGCCCCGCUGGGAGACCUUUGGGAUGUGGGGUGGGAUUUGGGGUAUCUGUGCCUUGCCCUUCCCGAGAAGGGCCUCAAUGGUCAUCUGAAGCCAUCCUCAGUGAGCCUCGACUCUGUCCCUGCUGAAAAUAGCUGGGCCAGUGUCUCUAGAGCCCCGACACAGGAACAAAAUGAAACACAGCAAACCAUAUGCCCAAAUCGUUCCCCCAAGAAUUUUUAGUCUCUAGUCCAACACCACUGAAUGAGGGGAGAAGGGAAGGAGAUUCUGGGAUCGCCAGUUCUUCCAGCAGCCAUGCUCUGAAAAUCAAGGUAAAACCCAGGAAAAGGGACCCCAGGAUCCCAGACGUAUCUUGAACUGCCAUCGUCAUUUCAAAGCCACCUCCCUCAGGGCCUCCAGGUGGCCACCCCCAAUUAUUCAUUCCUUACCAACCUCUCAAAUCCUCUCGGCUUCCUCUCUGCAGUGUGGACACUGUUGGCUAGCCCUCCCCACUCCCUGAGGGUCCAGUAAGUUAGUUUAGAACCUUCCUGGAAACAUUUCACCUGAGCAGGCUUCCCCACGCAUGGGAUGCUCCUCUUGCCUCGUCUGUCUCAUGGAUGCAGUCUCCCCUAGAUGCAUGAGGUUGCUUCCCAGAACAGCAUACUUGCGGCAUGAGAGUUCAACGUGUAAAGAUGCCCCUGGUCAGCCACAUCCAUCUUCUCUUGCCUGGCCCUUGAUUCUCUGGCCAGUCCCUGACCUUCCUCCUCUCACUGCCUCGGCCUUCUUCCUUUUUAUUCCUGAUGCCAUCUGUCCAGGCAGCUAGGCAAGAACUUGUUCACCAGCAACCAGAUUCAGGCCUUCCCAGGGCAUCAUAAAUGACAUCAGAUCCAAUAUGUAAGGACCCUGGUCUACCCUCCGGCCCAGCAGCCAGUUCUGGGUCAGCUGCCAGCUUAGGGAUGGUUUGAUUAUCCCAUUGAAAUUCACCAGUGCAUUUGCCAAAGACCCUCUCAUUUGGACAUACCCAGAUUCAUUCCCUGGCUUCAACUAAAAGACACAGCUUCAAUCUUUAAAAGUUUCUUUAGGGCCAGAAGAAUUAGUGAAUUAUAAU